GCGCGUCCAUGCCGUUGUCGUUUUAGGAGGCCGGAGGCCCGCGCAGAUCUCCCUCCGACGCCACCGUCAAAAACCAAAGCGUCUCUCUCUCUCUCCGUGGAUUGUUGCUGCUGCUAUGGUCGAUCGGAGCAGAUGCGACGCCGAUCAGGAAUAGCUGGUGGCUUGAAUUUGGGAGAUUCGAUGGAGGCGCGAAGCUGAACCGGAUGUUGAAAGAUGGGUUUCGUGAUGUCGUCGUGCUGCUUCGUUCUUAUGCUCUUGUGCUUGGCCUGCUAUGUCAACGGCAGAAACUUGGAGCUGGGCAUCUUUCAUGCUAAAGAAGGCAGUUUUGCAGAUGAAGAGGAUGUUAAGAUCAUUGCCACAUACAGCCACUCCUCCGGGGAAGUUCGGAUGGGUAUUGUAAGAAUGAAGGACCUUUCUAAUUCAUGGGCGUGGGAAAAUACAGUCGAUGGAAACCAUGGUCCCAUAAAUGAUCUCCUGGUAGAGAAGACAACGAGCAAUCAUUCAGAGAUGAGAUUUGAUGGUGGAAGUGGAACUCAAUAUCAGCCUGUGCCCCCGUCAAGCCCUGUGAAGCUCAAGCGUCGGAUGAUGCGCCAGGAAAGGAGGGUCCUCCGAACUGCAGAGCUUAUCCAACAAGGUAAAGAAGAGGAUGAUCAGAUGGUUGAAGCAGCAAUAGAAAGGUCCAAAAAUCUCGAUACCACCGUGAAGGGAAAGUACAGCAUAUGGAGAAGAGAUUAUGAGAAUCCUAAUUCUGAUUCUACAUUAAAACUUAUGCGUGACCAGAUCAUAAUGGCAAAAGCAUAUGCUACCAUUGCUAAAUCAAAAAAUAAUACUAGCCUUUAUAGUGUCCUCAUGAAGCACUCUAGAGAAAGUCGUCAAGUUAUUGGAGAAGCAAGUUCGGAUGCUGAGCUUCAUUCCAGUGCACUCGAUCAGGCAAAAGCAAUGGGCCACAUCCUCUCUUUGGCGAAGGACCAAUUAUAUGAUUGCCUUACAGUUGCAAGGAAACUAAGAGGGAUGCUUCAGUCAACUGAAGACAACGUGAAUGCUCUUAAGAAAAAGAGUGCAUUUCUCAUUCAGCUAGCCGCUAAAACAGUUCCUACUCCAUUGCAUUGCCUUCCUCUACAGCUCACCGCCGACUAUUAUUUUCUGCAUUAUGCUAGUAAAGGAGACCUGGACAAAGACAAGAUUGAAGAUCCUUCACUGUACCACUAUGCAAUCUUUUCUGAUAAUGUGCUAGCAACUUCCGUGGUUGUGAAUUCUACAAUGCAGCAUGCACAGGAGCCUGAGAAGCACGUGUUCCAUAUUGUGACAGAUAAGCUAAAUUUUGCAGCAAUGAAAAUGUGGUUUCUUGUCAAUCCUCCUGCCAAAGCGACUGUUCAGGUUGAAAAUAUUGAUGAAUUUACAUGGCUCAAUUCUUCAUAUUGUUCUGUUCUACGUCAACUUGAGUCUGCCAGGGUUAAAGAAUAUUAUUUCAAGGCCAAUCACCCUUCCUCCCUAUCUGCUGGGACCGACAAUCUCAAAUACAGAAAUCCAAAGUAUCUGUCCAUGCUGAAUCAUCUUCGAUUUUACCUUCCUGAAGUCUACCCAAAGUUAAACAAGAUACUAUUUUUGGAUGAUGACAUAGUGGUUCAGAAGGACUUGACGCCUCUUUGGUCUGUUGAUCUGCAUGGGAUGGUAAAUGGUGCCGUUGAGACUUGUAAGGAGAGUUUCCAUAGGUUCGAUAAGUAUCUCAACUUCUCUAAUCCAAUCAUCUCUGAGAACUUUGAUCCUGGUGCUUGUGGUUGGGCAUAUGGUAUGAAUAUGUUUGACCUCAAGGAGUGGAAGAAGCGAAACAUCACGGGAAUAUAUCACCGCUGGCAGGACAUGAACGAGGAUAGGACAUUGUGGAAACUCGGCACGUUACCCCCGGGAUUGAUCACCUUCUACAAUCUGACUUAUCCGCUCGAUCGGAGGUGGCACGUGUUGGGACUCGGCUAUGAUCCGGCACUCAAUCUGACAGAGAUAGAUAAUGCAGCCGUCGUUCAUUACAACGGAAACUACAAGCCCUGGUUGGAUUUGGCGGUCGCCAAGUACAAACCUUAUUGGUCGAAAUACAUCAUGUUCGACAACCCAUAUCUUCGGCGUUGCAACAUAAGCGAAUAACUCUCGCUCUCUCUGCGAAAAAGGAUUCCUUUCUCCAGCAGAAGCACCAUUGCGCUCGGCGAAGGCUGAGAUAUUCUUUAAACUUCGACAAGAGACGGCACGGAACAAUCAAAUUUUCAUAUUUUUUUGCAUAAACUUGGCAGAUGAAGUUUUGCAGUCAUAACAAUAGAAGAAAAGUUCCAUUA